GGCCGUGGAGGUGUUGAUAUCCAUUAUCUCAUCGAGGCGUCAUGGUGUCGUUGUUUGUCUCAAAUGUCACAAGCUCGGUCGCGUCGGCUAGGUGAUGGACGGACCUCUUUCGUGCGAAAACAGAAGAAGGGGGGGCAGCGGACUGGCUUGAGCUUUGUCUUGUUUUCUUUGUUAAAUCAGGCUGUUUUGGGAUGGUGAUGACGGGGAUGGGAAAAAGGGUAGGUAUAGUUGUGUUGAGCUAUGGGGAUAGAUGGUUUUUUUGGCCCGUUUUGGGGGCUGAUUUCGGGAAUAUUACCGCGAGCGCUUGGCUUGUUCAUGGGCUGAAAUAUCACCCUUUUGCAACCUCCUUACAUUACUACUUUGCUGUAGUGGUAACAUGUGUAACUUAUUUUACACACAACAAAGAGGAAAGAGACAAAGAAAAGUCCCUGUGUCCUAUCUUCCUUGCGCUGCGUCUACAGCUGGCUCAGAUAACGGGUAGAGGGAAAGGGGCAGAUGGUGUGCUGAUCCCUCACCCCCAUUUCCAAUAAUUAGCAUUGUAUACCCUAUGUUACUUUUUACGGUCUUGACUACAGU